AUGGAUUCAACUGAAAGCGAGAAGUUGUCUGCGCGUAGCCAGAGUGGCGCGGAGGUCGACUCGCAGAGCGAGAAGAAUAUCGACUCCGCUCGCUCAGCAGGCUCUGACUCCAUGCCCGCUGCCUCGUCAAACGCUGAUGCGGGCCGCGUCAUGCGUGCGGAUACCGGUGCGGCCGGCUUCAACGCCCUCUCUGCCAGCACCCCCGUCUGCUACUGUGUGUACGAGGAGGUGGCGCAGGGCACUUUCUACUUCCAAUGGAAGGCGAGCACCCAGGAACCCAUCAACAACCAGGUGAUGAUGUUCGUGCCCAGCAAGACCGUCCCCAAGUUCAAGCUGGUCAAUGACGGCGGCCGCUCUGAGCUGGCCACCCGCGUGAUGGUAGGGUUGCAUGUUUCCGUUGCGGGGCAUCACUUUUCUCAGCCUGACAAGCAGAAGUUCUGGUCGUCCCUCUGCCUCUUCAUAAAGGCUGCCAAGGAGUACAAGGGCAAGCUGCAGUUGUUCCCCGGGUGGAACGAUAUCGUUCCCUACAAGUCCGACAUUUACUUCCACAAUGGCACCAACACGGUGGGUGUACUUAUAUGUUCUGCUAACCAAGUGCAGGUGACCAAGGUUGGCUACGAGCCCAUUGACCUCGAGGACGUUGCCGCCAUUGGCAUUGCCGGCCGUGCCAACAUCCUGAUGGCCAACAAGAUGUCUAAGGAGCAGUUUUCCCAGGGUAUCCGCAAAGGAGGAUACUGCCUGGUGCUCUAA